UGGUUAUCGGUAUCAGCAAACACGAGUGGGCGAUGCAAUGUGCCGUCACUGCCGCGCCGUCGCUGCUUAUUUGGCUGAGAUUAACGCGAGCUGCGACUUGUAACCCAAUGUGAGAGCUCACAUUGCCGUAACUUGCUCUAAACAUGUUCGAAUUUGCUGCUCGGUACAUAAAACCCACAGCGGCGCCAAGUUGGUGAGGGACAGCUCCUUGGUUUUGACGCAAGUCUCGACCGCAGCAGCCAUGGCGCACAACCCGUCAUCAGCAGGGCCGCCCUUGCCUCGUUUCACGCCGGCGCACCCUUCGUCCCCGACGUGGCCAAUAGCUGGACCGUCUUCACAAAACGAGUCGCAAGAUCAAGACGCUACAACGCCGCCGCAAGGUCCUCUGAAGGCACCGCAGUCGCUCCGUGAGUUGCUGGCGGCCGAUAGCGCCGGAUCUAGCAGCUGUGUACGCAAUGGACGCGGGUACGGCGCCAUCGAUGCCGCGCGCCGACAUGGCAGGAGAGAAGCUGGGGCCUCGUCCGAAGCUGCUGGGGCGCUCGCAUCGACUUCGACUGCCGCACAAAGACCAAGCGCGCCCGUCUUGGGUCCACCGCCGCAGCAAGAUAUAUCGCGCUGGAACAGAUGGCAUAUAUGGCGGCAAGAAAGCGCUGAUGCAAAGCGUAUGAAGCAGCUGCAACAGCGCAGCGGUCUUGCCGGCAGCUUCUCCUCGAGGGGACUGCAGCCACGAGAUGGCGACCCAUUGAGUAUCAGGAUCAACAUGAAGAGAUGGUCUAGGAGAGCCUAUGGCAGCAUAAAAGGGGUUUGGACCGGCGGAUCAUAUUUCCACGAGGAGGAGGAUGCAGACCCGUCGGGCUCGACUCAUUCCUACUUCUUCAGUCGAGCGCAAGAGACCAUCGAGGAAGCAACUUAUGACCCAGAAGCACCGCUUUCUUCAUUACGGCUGGCGCUGCUUACACUAUCCCUCGCCGGCGCCCAAGUGGUUUGGACGCUCGAGCUCGCAUACGGCACGCCGUUCUUGUUGAGCUUGGGCAUGUCCAAGGAAGCCGUCUCGCUCGUCUGGAUCGCAGGUCCAGCAUCUGGCCUAUUCGUCCAGCCUGUCGUUGGCGCGCUGUCAGAUGCAGACGUUGCGUCCAAAUAUCGGCGGCGGAAGUUCAUGCUGUUCUCCGCUGGCUUCCUGUGCCUGAGCACGCUCACGCUUGCGUUCGCCUCGCCUCUCUCCUUCUUUCUCGUCGACGUUCUAGGCGUUGGACUGGGUGACUGGGAUCCUGUACGCAACCACGCUGCCCACUACACGACGCAAGUGCUCUCCAUCAUCUCUUUCUGGGUGCUUGACUUUGCCCUCAAUGGCUUGCAGGCUUCAUCGCGCACGCUCAUUCUCGAUAUCAGCCCGACGAGCCAGCAGACCGACGCGAAUGCAUGGCAGGGCAUCAUGAGCAAUGCCGGCAAUAUGCUUGGAUACUUGGCUGGUUGGAUCGAUCUAGGAAGGUGGCCGCUGCUCUCAUGGGUAGGCGGCGGGCAGUUCCGAUGCUUCUCACUCUUUUCCCUUGUCACUAUGCUGCUUUGCGUAGGCAUCACGUGCGCAAGCACCACCGAGCACCCGAAGCUUAACACUAGCCGCGAGCAUAUACCAGUCAGUGACGGCAUAGAAAUUGCAGGUACCAAGUUGCCACUCGGGCAAAAGCUGCGCAAGUCGCUGCAAGGCAUUUGGAAUACAACGCGACGACUUCCACGACCCGUUCGCCGAAUCUGUGCAACGCAGGCAUUCAAUUUUUGCUCCUGGUUCGGCUUUCUCUUCUACGCGACCACAUAUUACCUAGAGAUCAAGCUGCAGCACGAUUUGCAUGGCAAAAUGGGGAAUUAUGCAGACAGCCCCGGGAGCGAUCGGGAUGUCGAGCAAGGCAGCUUUUCCAUGCUCAUGUACGCCCUCGUCGCGCUCGCAGCAGGAGUCCUGCUACCAUACUUGGCGCUUGGCAGUGAUUCGCAUGCACGAGCUCCCGCCCUGACAGAGGCAGUACCACAAGCGCAGCAACCGCUUCCAGUCAGCGCGGAACACACUUCACAUGUUUCGCUGCGGUCAUGGACCUCAAAACGGACACACCGCAUCUACCGUGCGCUCAGAUAUGGCAUAACUUUGCGCAGCUUUUGGUCUUUCGGCUGCUUCAGCUUCGCGCUCAUCAUGUGCGGCACCUUUUUCGUGCACACGCCUCCCCAAGCGGUCGUGCUAAUCGCCCUCGUGGGCGUGCCGUGGUCGAUCAGCGCUUGGGCGCCGUAUGCGCUGAUAGGCGAGUUUGUGCGCGAGACGGCUCUCGGCGUCUCGCCGUUCGAGUUUGACGACGACCAUUAUGGGCCGCGACGCUCGGCGCAGAGGAGACAGGAACGUUGGCGCCGAAGUGAAAUGCUGGCCCAGGAGCAGGCCACGCUCGCAGAGCGCGAACGGCAGGCUGGGUUUUCAUUGCAGGGAGAAGACGAGCCGUACCCCACGGAGAACAGCUUGUUAGAUGUCACCACCCCUAUUUCACCGGCCAGGAAUAGCGCACGGAACGAUGCACAAGCAGCGCUGAGGGACUGCCAGCCGCUGCGACCAGCGUGGCACAACGGCAACAACGGAGGUGUCAGCAGCAGCCAGAUCACCGUACCAGAGGUUCCACCAAGCAUCGUGCAGGACGAAGGGGUCAUGACUGGUACAAUUCUUGGCAUUCACAACGUGGCCAUCGUCAUCCCCCAGCUGCUGAUGUCCUUCAUUGCCUCUGUCCUUUUCGCCAUCACUGAUCCAAGCCAUAAACAACCCUUGCGCGACGGAGAUAGCGAUGCCAGCGGCAGCCGCAGCAACGAGGUCACCUCUGUCUUCGUCAGCUUUGCGCGUGUGCUGCUGUCCGCAUCUCCUCAACGAGAUAAUGCAUUCUCCUACGGAGCGGUGGCGCGGCAACAUCCGCCUGCUGCUACAUAUGCGGCGGCGGCAGCCAGCGCUUCACAAGUCGCUUGGGUCUUGCGCUUCGCCGGGCUGAUGGCGCUCAUAGCGUGCUUUGUGGCGCGGAGCAUCCCCCUCACUCGUACCGAGCGCUUCAGGCGCGGGCAAUUGCUGGACUUGGGACUUGGCGGCGGGGAUGAAGGUGAGGGGGAGGGCGAAGAGGACGAGGGAGGUGCAGGUACAGGUACAGGUGCUGGCCUUGGCGUCGGUCCAGGCGCGUCCGGGGAAUUAUGAUUGUAGCGCAACCAUCUUGACUAUCGUAACCAUAACAAGCG